UGGCCAGUAGCUGGUAGACGGGGCUGGACGCCCGGUGCUGGUCGGGAGUUGCUCUGCUAUUGGUGGAAAGGACUCUUCUGCGCAGUUUUUAAAGAAAACAGGUCCCAGGAGACGGGCAGUACUAGUCAGUGGCAGGUUGUAUAGUGACCGGGAUCCGGCAGCAGAAGCUCAGCCGCCGUCAUGUCCUUUCCCAAAGCGCCUCUCCGGCGGUUCAACGAGCAUGUGGGCUGUGCUCCAUGUCCAGGCUCCUAUGAUAUAAAAACGUCAGAUGGCCUUAAGGGACCUGUGUCGUUUGAGAAAUCUCAGAGGUUUAAGGCACAGAAAGCUUCUCGUAGUGACAGUCAGAGUACGGAGGAUGAACCUGGGUCCCCUGUGCGCCUGCGCAAAAACUCUUCUGGCUCCACACCAAACCUGAGGCAGAAGGCGGAGAAAGAUGUGGAAUUCAUCAGAGAACUGAAGAAACAGAAAGCUUUGGAGAAUGAGAUCCGUGCACUCUUAAAGGAACGUACUAAUCAGGACAAGAAACUGCAGUCUUUGGAGGAAGAAUUCAUGAAGACGGAGGCGAAGCUAGUGACUGCUGUGCGAGAAAAGACUUCCCUUACUUCCAGUAUUGCGUCCUUGGAUAGACAAAUCGCCGACCUCAAUAAAGCAAAUGAUCUCUUGAAAACAAAGUUUUCCGAUGACGUCUCAAAGAGGAAAAUAGACAAUCUCUGUGUAGAACUUAUGGAAACCAAAAAUAAAGUGGAUGCUAAAGAUAAGGAAAUCAUUUGUCUUCAAGCAAACUUUGAAGAACAAAUUAAGACCCUGCAGACCAGCCUGGCCACUUCCAAAGCCGCCUUAGAGUCUCUUACUGAAAGGAAUAAACUUCUAGAGGAGAGUCGGCAAGAAGCGGCCAAUCACAGCGAUGUUUUGGAGAAGGAACUCGACCGUGCAAAUGCUUUAAUUGAGGAAUUAAGAGGAGAAAAUAAAAACCUUGACCAGUAUCUAUCCAAAGCUCAGGAACAGUUGCAGGAUCUCCAGUUGGAAAUGCAUGCCAAAGCACAAGAGUAUGGGAAUAGAUUACGAACCAUGACCUCUCAAAUAUCUGAGCAGAACUUGGCUCUUGAAGACAUGGAGAGCAGGCUCCUGCAGACACAGAGCAAGUUGGAAGAAGCGCUGCAAAAAAUCACCCAGCUGGAAGAACAGCUCUCUGCAGCAAAUGAGGAAAGGAGCAAGGUGGCCGUGGAAAAGGCAGAAACAGAGAAGAAGCUUGGUGCAGCUCUGGAGCAAAUGAGGGAUGCUAUCGCACAAGCUGAAAUGUACAGACAGCAUCUAGACCAUGCUGAAGAGAUCCUGAAGCAAAAAGAUCUGGAGCAAGUAAUACAAAGAGACACCUUUGUCCAAAAAGAGGAAGAGCUGUUGGCCAAAACGAGGGAGCUAGAGGAGAUGUAUGUCGCUCAACUACAAGAGAAAGAGAAACUGGUCACUGAGUGUCAAGCAAGAGAAAAACGCCUGAAUGAAGAUCUUGAGACCUUAAAGCAGCAGGUGAGCCAGGAAGCUGGAGACCUCCAGUCAUCGCAGCAGAGAGAGGAAGAGUUGCGACUGUUGAUGGAGAAAGAGAAGGAGGUUUCAAAUCUUUUACGUCUAGAGCUGCAGACUGUACAGGAGGAAAUGAAGAAAGAGCGGCGUCUCUUGGGAGAGGAGCUGGAGGGGGCACUAGAUGAGCUGCAGACUGUACAGGAGGAAAUGAAGAAAGAGCAGCAUCUCUUGGAAGAGGAGCUAGAGGGGGCGCUAGAUGAGCUCGAUAGACUGCAACAAGCGGAGGAAGGGGCUGACAAAAUAAUUUCUCACCUGGAAGAAGAAAAUAAAAGGAGGGCAGAAGAGCUGGCUUGUCUAGAGGAAACUCUAAAAGGGAAAAAUGCUGCCCUGGAAAGAGCAAAAGCGAAACACAGAGAAACCAUGUUACAGCUAAAGGAGGAGCAGAGUAACACAUUGCUUAGACUGGCAGACUAUGAAAGCUUCAAGUUAUCCACAACAACUGAAAUUGAAUGCCUGCAAUGUACAAACCAGAGCCUGCUUGAUAAAGUUGCUGAAGCAGAGAGGGCUACAGCUGCGAUACAGCAACAGCUUGAUGGCGAAACUAAAGCUUUGGAACAGCACGUUUGUGAGCUGAAAGAGUCCCUCGCUGCUAAGGAAGGACUGGAGCACCAACUGCUGGAGCUGCAGGAGACUUCAGCCAGGACCAAGGAAGGAUUGGAGCUACAACUAGCUGAGCUCCAGGAGACCUCAAACAAAAUGAAGGAACGUUUGGAACAGCAGCUCUGUGAACUAGAGGAGAGCUCUGCUAAAACAAAUGAAGGAUUGAAACGGCAGCUUAAUGACCUCCAGGAACACUUGACCAAAAACAAGAACCUGUUGGAUCAGCACCUUGAGCUUCUGGGUUCUGCAGAAAAGGAGAAAGAAGUAUUGAAGCAGCAGCUUUCUGAGCUUAUGGAAACCUCAGGGAGAAUCAGAGAGGGAUUAGAGAGACGACUGCUUAAGCUACAAGAGUCCUCAAAUAAAACCGUAUUUGAGCUAGAACUGCAGGUGCUUGAGCUACAGACUGAAUCUGCCAAAGCCAAGAGCAUGAUGGAGCAGCAACUCCAGGAACUGCGGUCUACAAAUAAGGACAUGAUGGAAAAAGAGAUUCAUGAGCGCACCAUGGCUUCUACUAAAGUAAGGGAAAAGUUGGAGCAGCAACUUCACGAGCUGCAGCAGUCCUCUGCAGAAACCAAGGAGCGGCUGGAAACGCAACUUCAGGAACUUGGCGAGAGUGCUACCAGAGCGGAAGCGGAAUUACGGCAGCGACUUCGCCAGCUUGAAAACAUGACUGCGCAGCUCUCUAAGCUGCAAGAAGAGCGUAUGAGAAAGGAACGUGAAAAGGAUGAGGCGGAGAAGAUGGAAGCACAGAAGUGGCGCGGCAUGUUCGAGGAGCUACAGAAUAAAGUCCGACCGUUUCAGCAACAAUUGGAUGCAUUUGAAGCGGAGAAGAACGCCCUGCUUAACGAGAACGGAGCAGCGCAGGACGAACUGAACAAGCUGAGUGAGGCCUACGCCAAGCUGCUGGGGCAUCAGAACCAGAAACAGAAGAUCAAACAUGUUAUGAAGCUGAAAAAUGAGAACACGCAGCUGAAACAGGAGAUCACAAAAUUGAGAGCUCAGCUGGCAAAGGAAAAGCACAGCGACAAACCGCUGCAGUCCCGUGUCAGUGAUGCACAUGGCAUGAAGCGCUUUGAUCCCUCCAAAGCAUUCCAGCACGAUGUCAAAGAGAACAUAUGUCCUAAAGUUCCACUAAGAGACGGAAACAGAAACCCGUGCUGAGGAAUUAUUUAUUCUUCUACUUGUAUCAAAAUUCGAUACCAAAGUAGUUUUAAUGUGUUUUUAAACAUAGUAUAUAUUUGAUUUUAAACCGGUGCUGCUUUAUUAUGUCUAUAAAAUCAUGUAAAGUAAAUUUUAUGUUUAUGAUGGACAGUGGUAAGAAACCAUUGGUGCCUUUUAUUAAUAAAGGUCUAUAUCUUU